AUGGCAUGCACCGCCUCCAUCUUGAAUCUGGUUGCAAUUGCCGUAGACAGAUACAUUGCUGUAACAAAACCACUUAAAUAUGCUCGUCAUAAAAGUCCAAAACGUGUAUCGAUAAUGAUUGUUAUUGUAUGGCUUAUCUCAUUUUCUAUCGCAUUGCCAAUAGUCAGUGGUGUCAAUAAAUCCGAUGUUGAGUCAUUUCCACGAUCUAAAGGCGAUUGUUCGUUUUUUAAUAAUAAAUUUCUUAUCUUUUCAUCCCUGGGUUCAUUUUUUAUCCCGUGUAUUAUCAUAUUUGCUAUUUACUAUCGAAUAUUCAUAGUAAUUAUGGCACGUGCACGAAAAAAUCGUAAAUAUUUAAGACCAAAAGCAGCUAUUGAAUUAGCUGCAAAACAGCAUCGUACCACGGCAAAUAAUUUAAUACUACAAUUAUUCCGUGAUCGUCGUCAAACAGGUACAGCUGUAACAGAAGUAACUGUUGUUAAUAAUACGCUUGAUGAUGGUACAUAUAAAAAAACAACGAUAUCACCACUAAUAACAACUAAAGUUAAUGCUGAUAAUUUAACAUUACAAUUAACGACGCCUGUCCUACCAUCAAUAGCAAGAGGUUCAGUGAACAUUACAAGCUCAUCAGGUGAUAUUGGUGAUGAUGAACGAGAUGAUAUUGCCUUAUUCUUACAUCAUAAUGGAUCAUUUGACAAUGAUAUCAUUACUAAACCGUCCGACA